AUGCCGAGCCCUUUAUUCCACCCCGAGAUUAUGGACCACGACGUGGUGAUCAGCCAGCAUAACGGGGUCGGUCUACCCCGGGAGACGGACCAGGAGUCCCGGGAAGAGGACCACUCAGAGGCGCUCCGCUUCGCCCUGGACCAGCUGUCACUUAUGGCCAUGGAGAAGGUGGACUGUGGGGGCGGUGGUGGUGGAAGCGGAGGCGGCGGCGGGAUGGUAGACCCUCUGGAUGGGACUCAGGGUCCGGGCUCUGAGGGCUGCAAUGGCGUGGGCGGAGGGGGCUACGUGGAUCUACAGAUGAUGGAGCAUCCCGGUGGGUCCCGGGACUCGCCGACGUCCUGCUCUCCAUCCCCGGAGUACUACGGCUCGGGCGGGUACCACAUGGCCGGCUCUCACCCCAUGCUGCACGGUGAACAAAGCUCGGUCCUCUGCAGCAGGAAGAGAAGUGUCAACAUGACUGAAUGUGUGCCUGUGCCCAGCUCUGAACAUGUGGCAGAAAUAGUGGGAAGACAAGGUAAGACCAGGACUGUUUGUAAAGAUUUAUGUGCUUGUUUGUGUGUUUGUGGACAGCAUGAUCAGACAGCAUGCAGCCUGCUGGUUCUUUGUUUGGGUGGCUGCCUGGUGAGAGGAGGGUCUCUCAACUUUUACAGCCUGGUGCUUUUGGUCGGAGUGAAUCCACUGAUGGGUCUAAAGUGGAAACAUAAUGCGGGUUCUCUCUUUAAAAAGCGCCACCUUCUUUAUUUACAUGCUCUUUUUAGGAGUAUUGAGACAAUGCUUUGACAGAGUAAGUGAGAGAGUGAGGUUGAUGAGUAGGAGGCAGAGGGGGAGGGGUGGGAGAGGGUCAGACAAAGCGGCAGAUUGUCGGGAGUCUGGACAUGUCUGGCAGCCUGCACCAAACAAAGGAAACACACCGAAAUAUGUCGCUUUCUGAAAAUACACUCCUGGAUGAUCAAUUUGAGCUCGUAAUUGUCUAUCAUAGCCCCCUGCGUGUGUUUACGGUGGAUUAUUUCGGGCUUUACGUGUAGAUUUUCAGGCUGAAACGGGGCAGCAGGCUCACAAACACGGGACUGGGCGGUGUUACGCCCUGCACCCAUCCCUGUCUGCCGAUGCUGCUGCUGCAGUAGCCGCUGCCUUCUCUCCUAUUUCCUCAAAUCACCGUAUUUUCACCAACGCCUGCUCCCCAUCAUGUUUCCCCUCAUGAUGUGGAUGUAGUUUAGCCGUCGCGGCCGCGGUAGCGUUACGGCAUUGUUCCCUUUGUUUGAAAAAGCCAUGCUUUCUGCUUCCCAGGAUGACAUCACACUCCGCGCGUCCCAUUGGUCGCUGAGAGCUCGGCGUCCAUAUUUAAAGAAACAGCAGCACAGAUGAGGGGCUGGAGGGAGCAUGAGUUGACACAAGCAGACAGUGCAGCAGAAUUUCACUCCGAGCUCUUCUUUCGUGUACAGCUGCUGUUGUGGCUCCAGCUAGAAAAUGUGAUUAUGAUGUGAAAAUGCUCCGUUGCAAUAUGAGUAGACGGUUUUUAAAGACAAAAGCAAGGCUUCAGUGUGGUUAUUUUUUCUCUUUUUUGGGUUUGUUUUGAGGAUUAAGGAAUGGUGAUUCAUUACUGAUCUCGAGCUGCAAAGCCUGACUGGCUAUUUAUCACCCACUAAAUGAAUUACUGAUCAGUUAGUCAGUGCAAGUCGUCAAAAAAAGGCUGUUUCUCUUAUUAUUACAGUGUCCUCAAUUCAAUGGAAUAUAUUUCUCUCUUAAUCCCCCAAUGAGUGUAAACUGUCUCUCAAAACAAGACAUGUUGUAGUGCCUUUAGCAAUACUAAUUUAAUACAUGGCAUCCAAUUAGUGAGAAAAAUAAUUUAAAUCAAUAAUGAAAAGUAUCCCAUGUUUCAUCCCAAUCAAUCUGAAUGAUAAUUAACUGUGUGCCUGGAAAAUUAUGCCCCUCAGGAAUGAAGACUUUACUGUUCUGCAGGUCCAGUCAACUGAAUCUUUGUGAAGGUGUUUUAACUCUUUCAAAAACAGAACUAAUUGACUUCAAAUUAUUUAGACUAUACAGAGAUGUUUUACAAUUAUAAUUUGUGUUUUUAUUUUGUCCUCUUCAUCUGUUUUAAAUUAGUUUCACUAUCUGAACAACAUCACGACAGAGUCUUGAUCUCCUAAAAGUCUAACAAACACCUCUGAAUUUCAUUUGUCCACUAAAAAAGUUUUGAAAUCUGUGGUAUGGUCCAUGUGUCAGACCUUCAGGUCCUUCAUUGUGAUGUGAAUUUGUAAUUGUUGGUAUAAACCCGAUCUUACUUAUAUUUGUAUGUGUCUGUCACCCUUCAGGUUGCAAGAUCAAGGCCCUACGUGCCAAAACAAACACCUACAUUAAGACUCCAGUCAGAGGCGAAGACCCGGUGUUCAUCGUGACGGGACGCAGGGAGGAUGUGGAAAUGGCCAAACGAGAAAUAGUGUCAGCGGCGGAGCAUUUCUCAAUGAUCAGGGCGUCUCGCUGCAAAGCUGGAGCUCCCGGAGGAGGAGGCUCUCUACCUGGACCGCCACACUUACCCGGACAGACCACCAUACAGGUACGGAAAACCUCCAGACAGCGUGUUUAUGUUACUAUGUUUGACCACAGAAGAAACAACAGUUUGGUUCAAAGGAUAAACCGUUUCUCUCCUCUCCGCUCCAGGUGCGGGUGCCCUACAGAGUAGUGGGUUUAGUCGUUGGACCAAAGGGAGCAACCAUCAAGCGCAUCCAGCAGCAGACUCACACCUACAUCGUGACACCGAGUAGAGAGAAGGACCCGGUUUUCGAGGUGACCGGCAUGCCAGAGAACGUGGACAGGGCAAGGGAGGAAAUCGAGACCCACAUCACCCUGAGAACUGGAACCUUUGUGGACCUGCAGGGAGACAACGACUUCCACACCAACGGCACAGACGUCAGUCUCGAAGGCCUCGGCGCCCUCAGCGGAGGCUUAGGAGCAUCUCUGUGGUCCAGAGCCACUGGCCAUCACUCUGCCCCACCUCCUCCUCCACCCUCUCCACCCCCUGCUCUUUCUAUGUCCAUGCACCACUCCUCCUCCAACAGGAAGAUGUCCUCGUCAGUUGGCUACCACACGCAUAACGGCGGGAUGGGCUCAGACAGCUACAACAACACCCGUAAGGCCAAUGAGGGAGGCAGCCCCACCAGCCCCUUUAGCACAGGCUCCAGCAGCGCUGGAGGAGGAUUCACUUUCGGGGGCGACUCUACCCCAGGACUUCCCUCCUCGGAUGAACUUGGCUUUGAGUUCACUGCCUCCAAUAUCUGGGCGCCUUUCGUCAAUGGCGGGACAGGAAGUAAGGCCUCGGGCUCAUCUCAGCAGCAGCAGCAGCAGCCUCUACGUCGAAACAGCAGCGGCCUCAGCGGCGGCGCCAUCACUCCACGAUUGUCUCCAACUCUGCCUCAGGAUGCUGGUGUGGGCCCCAUGGAUCACCCCUUGGCUCGCCGUGCCCAGAGUGAUCCCCUGAGUACGCUCUCCUGGCUUCAGUCCAGCAGCGCUGGCGGCGGUUCCUUCUCUGGAGCAUCCAGCUCCAGCUCAGGCGGCUCAUCUACCGGCUAUUCCUCCUGCUCGGCUUCCUCUCUGCCUGGUGGCUCACCCACUGACUCUGAGGGAGGCGGCAGUGGCGUGGGCCUGAGUUCAGGGAUGCUGAGCCGGCUCAAAAGCAGCUCUGGAGGCCCAGGGGUGACAGGUCUGGUGGGCGUCAGCCCCGGAAUCAACAGGGACUGCUUUGUGUGUUUCGAGAGCGAGGUGACGGCGGCCCUGGUGCCCUGUGGCCACAACCUGUUUUGCAUGGAGUGUGCUGGGCAAAUCUGCCAGUCAGCUGAGCCAGAGUGCCCUGUUUGCCACACCCCUACCACACAGUGCAUCCGCAUCUUCUCCUAA